AUGGUCAAGAUUGCGAUUGCUGGCGGUUCUGGCAAUGUCGCACAGGAGAUAAUUGGUGUUCUCCUUGAGACUAAAAAGCAUGAAAUCAUUAUCUUGUCCAGAAAGGGUGAUUCAGGCGCAGAGGUCACCCCAGGGAUAAGAUGGGUCCAGACAGACUACAACCCAGAGCAACUGGAGGAUCCAAAUAGUCCAGUCCAAAAGAGGCUUAUCGACGCCGCAGUUCAAGCUGGUGUGAAGCGCUUUGCGCCCAGCGAGUGGGCUACGUCGGGCUUGGAGCAUCUUAGCUGGUACAGCUACAAGGGUGAAAUACGCCGAUAUCUGGAAGAGCUGAACAGGGACAUGACGGUUCUGCAGUACAUUUUGUUCCAGCCAGGUCUUUUCGUGAACUACUUGACCCGUCCUUACAAGUCAACCAAGCACAUCCACCAGAUCGAAAUCCCGUUCGAUUUCGCAAACCGUCGAUUCAUCGCCAUUGAUGGCAGCGAUGAUGAUCAAAUCACUUUCACUGCAGUCAAGGAUCUUGCGAAUGUCGUAGCCGGAGCCAUUGACUUCGAAGGCGAGUGGCCGGUUGUUGGAGGCAUCAGAGGUACCAAUAUCUCAAUUGGGCAGCUUUUGGCUUUAGGUGAAAAAGUCCGCGGAUAUCAGCGUUUCCUUGUUGAGAAAGUGAAAGCUGAGGAACUCGAGAAGGGGACAUGGCAAACUUCGUGGGUCCCGAAAGUUGACCAUCCCUCAAUCCCAGGUUGA